UCAUCCAUCCAUUACAUCUCUCUCUUUCCCACUCAUCCAUCCAUUACAUCUCUCUCUCUCUCUCUCUCUCUCUCUCUCUCUCUCUCUCUCUCUCUCUCUCUCUCGUUGUGGUUGUGGUUGUUGUAAUGUUGUAGUUGAAUGGAGAAGCUUGUGGAGGCAUCAGAGCAAGAGGUAUGCAUAGACUUCAAACUGGGGUGCAAAUGCCGUGCAAACAUCACCCUCAAAUCCAUCCACCCAACAUCGCCUGUGGCCUUUAAAGUCCAAACAUCCUCUCCUCACAAGUUCCUAGUCAACCCCCCCAAUGGCCUCAUCCAACCCUUAUCAUCCACUUCCUUCCAGGUUAUACUCAAGCCUCAAACCCAUCUCCCAUCUUCCUUCCCUCGAUCACCCUCCGAUCGCUUCCUCAUCAAAACAGCGUUGGCCCACGACCUCAACACGCCAGAUGGCAAUUCAAUCAACAUGUGGUUCUCCUCUUGUGUCCAUGUGACCCAUGACUUAAAACUAAAGGUGCUCUACAUGGGUCCCUACCUACUCCGCCAUGCGGUCGCUGGAGGUGAUAUUGAUGCCAUUAAGCAGAUCAUCAAGCGGCAGAAGUCCAUCGUGGCCCAGCUACCGUCCCACGAAGCAAUGUCCCUCCUCGAAGCCGCGUCCGCUUCCGGUAAUGUUAAUGUGCUCAAUUUGCUACUUGAAGCCGGAUUGCAGAUCGAGGUUCAUCAUGCCGAAGUGCCUAAUCAAGUUAGUGGUGCGAAUCCAGACGCAGAAUCCGAAUCGGAGCCUAAACUGAAAUCGAAGACACCACAAUUGGUUAAUGAAGAGGAAGUGGCAUUGAUGGAAUCAAAGGGAUGGACGCCAAUCCAUAUGGCCUCGGCCUUCGAUAGAUAUGAUGUGCUCGUGACAUUGAUAGGUGAUGGAAGAAGAGAUCAACCAUUAGAUUGCAGAGACAAAGACGGACGGACCGCGCUACAUGUGGCCACUAGUAGGGGCCAUACACGGUGCGUAAGGCUAUUGAUCGAAGCGGGUGCGGACAAGAACGCUAAGAGCAAUGAUGGACGGACUGCAUUGUUCAGAGCGGCGGCCAGCGGCGAUCUUGAGAUGGUAACAUUGCUUCUGGAUGCUGGAGCUGACCCAAGUAUCACCACCUCCGUUCAUGGCCGUGGGCCUCUUGAUGUGGCCCGAGAUAAGGGACAUAAAGACGUCGCCAAGAUUCUUGAACAAGGAGAAUUGGUGCUAACGGCAGCGAGGCGAGGCGAACUCAAGCAUUUGGAGUCGUUGUUGCAGAAAGGUGUGAGCAUGAAGCACUGCGAUCAAUACGGUUUGACUGCUCUUCACUCGGCCGCCAUCAAAGGACACGUCGACAUUGUGGCCAUGUUGAUCGAGUUUGGAAUGGAUUUGGAGUUGCAGGAUGCGGAGGGCCACACCCCAUUGCAUCUGGCCGUGGAGGGUGGCCAUUCCACGAUCGUUGAAGCGUUGAUCGAUCGCGGGGCCCACAUCAAUGCAAGGAGCAAGAGAGGUGCAACUCCUCUCUACAUGGCCACAUCCAUGGGAUAUGAUGGCAUCUCACAAAUGCUACUAAGUAGAGGUGCUGCCUCUUCAUGUCUUCCAUCUUCUUCUUCUUCCUUAUCAUCAUCGUCCUUCACCUAGGACCCACCUCAAGGUCUAUUGUAUGAUGAGGUGCAUGAAUUUGUACAUGUGGGGGUCAUGGUUAUGUGAUCUGAACCGCUAAUCCUAUGGGCCCUAUGAUGGAUGGUGGCCCCAUAGAAAAUUUCCAUAUUGGAUAUGAUCUUGACACUUGUAUUAGUAUAGCACCUAUUAAGGCUAUAAUGGAGUGCUACUAAUGGUUAGGAUCUUCCAAUGGAAACAGGGCAUAUCAUCAGAUGAACCGACCAUGGCCCCCACAUAUUUAAGAGGUCCAUCUGCAUUUUUUUACCUGUGUAAUUAUUUUUCUUGCCUUUAUCCAUUAACUUAUACAAAUUUAAUUUAUGUAUAAAUGAUAAAAACUUUGAUACUCUGGUAGAGUGUAGUGGAUGAUACACAGGCACUUAGGAUGUAAUUAAUUUAAAAUAAACCGUCCAAAUAAUGGGUUCCAAUUUCGACGGAACAUGAAGACAAAAUUAGACUUCUCUUGUUA